CAGAAGGAUCACAGAUACAAAGAUGUCUGUUGUUCCGUCGAGAAUUAAGAAUCCAGUCGAUCAAGGUGAAAAUGGUCUUCCUGGACGUGAAUUUGUUAUGAAUGCGAUCAAUAAGGAAAAGCAGCAAGAAGAAGAAAGUCGAAAACAAAAGAAGCCCGGACUCUUUAAGCGACUCCAAACAACGAUAAAGAGGAAGAAAGAUCCUCAGAUCUCCAAACCGCAAGAGGUGAAGUUGGUUAACCAUGUCGUUAUCGAUAUCAACUCUACAACGGGAUUGUCGGGAUUGCCGGCAGCAUGGGAAGAAGUGUUAAAGACGUCCGAUAUUUCAAAGGAGGAGAUCGUUCAGAACGGUACAGCAUUGCUAGAUGUUCUUCGUUUCCAUUUCAACGGUGUGGACAACAAAUUCGACAGCAUCCCCUACAAUUCCCUCGAUAAGCAAGGAAGCAACGUCGUUCUCCAAGACAAAGAUCCAGCGCAGUAUUAUCAAGGGUUGAAUCAUCUGCUGGGCGAAGGAGCUUUCAGCGCCGUCUACAAAGCCACGCAGCGCAGCACGGGGAAGCAGGUCGCGAUCAAGGUGUGUUCGGAGGAGAACUACCACUACAUUCAGCACGAAAUCGAGCUGCAAAGCCAAAGCCAUCAUCCCUGCAUCGUGCCUCUCCUCGAAUGCUUCCGAUGGGGCAAGCGAAUCUACAUCGUGAUGGAGUACAUGGAUCGCGGAUCCCUCGCCGAUAUUUUGUCGCCCGAAUAUCCGCUUCCAGAGCCCCUCAUCGCCUACGUUUGUCGCUGUCUCCUCCUCGCUCUCGACGCUCUCCACUCCAAGAACCGAAUCCAUCGCGAUAUAAAGAGCGAUAACAUCCUGAUGGACUCGCAAGGCCACGUCAAACUCGCCGAUUUCGGCUUCGCCGUGCAUCUCCUUCAGGACGACGAGCAGCGUCGCUCGGUGGUGGGCACGCCGUUCUGGAUGGCUCCCGAAUUGAUUCAGGGGAAUGGAUACGGCGUCGCCGUCGAUGUGUGGAGCGCCGGCAUCACGGCGUUGGAGAUGGCGCAAGGCGAGCCGCCCUACUUUCACGAGCCCGCGUUGAAGGCGCUGUUUCGCAUUUAUAGCGCGCCGCCACCGACGCUGAAGGACCCCGAGCGAUGGGGAAAUAAAUUCAAGUCGUUCCUGCGGAUGGCGCUGGAGAAGGAUGUUUCGCGGAGGGCGACGGUCAAGGAGCUGCUCAUGCACCCGUUCAUGCAGGAAGCGUCCACGGCGGAGGUUUUUGCUGCGUAUGUGUCGACGGCGUUGUCGAGAAAGAGGCAUAAGUCGCCGACUACAUAG